UUCUCGCUCUCUCUCUCUCCGCGACUCGCAGUUUCUGGUAGAAUUUGAUCGGAACGGUGAAGGAAAGCUCUGUUUCUGGGUUUCUCGAUUCGGAGGUUUGAGCUUGAACUCAAAUAAUGGGAGAAGAGCUUCAACAACAGCAGAACAAUUCAUCUACUUAUGGCUAUGGAAGCUCGCUAGACAUUGAGUCUGCAGCUAGUAACGCUCUUCUUCGCGAACAAGAGAUUGAAACGCAGAAGAUCAUACAAGGUCAAAGAGAGGCUGGAGCUUCAGUAGAUGGAGAAGAGAACACUGACAUUCUUCGGCAACGUGCUGACCCCAAUGCUCUUAAGGAACAUUUGCUGAAGUUCACUGCACAUCACCGUGCAGAAACAGCAUCAAAGCGUGGGAGUGUGAGUACUUGCGGAGAAGGUAAUGUGGAUGUUGGGAAUGGUUAUGGUAUACCUGGUGGAGCUGCUUACGCAGGCCACUCCGAGAUCAGUGAGAAGCCUGAACCUACUGAUUACUUGCCUGAAUAUCUCAAACAUAAAUUAAAAGCCAGGGGGAUUCUCAGAGAUGGUUCUGGUGCUGUUACAUCCAACGCUCAAGAUGCAUCAGCGGGUAGUUGGAAUAGACAGAUAAGUGCAAACACCUUACCAUUAGGAUGGGUAGACGCGAAAGAUCCUGCUACUGGAGCUACAUAUUACUAUAACCAGCAUACCGGGGCGACCCAGUGGGAAAGGCCUCUUGAGCUACCUUCCACCACUUCAAGCGCGCCGCUACCGAUGCCUCCUAAAGAAGAGUGGAUUGAAACACUUGAUGAAACAUCUGGUCAUAAGUAUUACUACAAUACAAAGACACAUGUAUCGCAGUGGGAGCCUCCAGCUUCUUUAAAGAAGCCCUCUGCCACAAACACUAACGGGAAGAGGGAGAUUCCGCCCUCUCAGAUGCCGAGAUGCAGCGGAUGUGGUGGCUGGGGAGUGGGCCUUGUCCAGAGCUGGGGUUAUUGCGCUCACUGUACCAGAGUUUUCAAUCUCCCAGAGCAGCAGUACUUGGCAUACGUCACAAAUGCAAGAAACUCUGGCCAAAACGAUCCAAAUCAGAGGUCAAGUUCAAAACCUCCGGUGAAAAAGGGAGUAGGCAAAAAACGUGCGCAUGCGGAGGAUGGUGAGGUUGACCCAAUGGACCCAAGCUCGUACUCAGAUGCUCCACGUGGUGGCUGGGUUGUUGGACUGAAAGGAAUGCAACCGCGAGCCGCUGAUACAACUGCCACAGGUCCUUUGUUUCAACAGCGACCGUAUCCAUCACCUGGAGCUGUUCUGAGGAGAAACGCAGAGACGGCAUCAUCGCAGAAGAAGAAACCAGGCUCUCAUUUCACGGAAAUCACAAAGAGAGGCGAUGGAAAAGAUGGUCUUGGUGAUGCAGAUUGAAAGAGAGAAGAGAGAGAGAGAGAGAGACACACACUUAUUCUUGCCCUGUAUGUUUGCUUUUCUCCAUAUAACACUUAUGACCUUGAGAGUAGUUUGUUUACUGGUCUGGUCUAGUGUAACCAUACUUUAAAUGUGAAUUAGCAAAGCUUUCAUUUCAUAAUCUCUAGCAACUUA